AUGAACAAAGAUCCAGUCUUGCCACCAUCAUCUGGAACGACACGCAAGGGUUGUGUGUGUGGAUAUCCGUCGUGUAAUGGGGCCGAAGCAUACGAGCAUUUGGUCAACAAGCCACGGACUGACGAUCCUGAUUUCAGAAGAGCGCCAGUCAUGAUGCCAUCUUCUGGAACAUUCCUCGAGUGUCGUGGAUAUGAGUUGGGCGAGGGGCCAGAUGACUCAACUCCUGUGACACUUCCACACAUCGCUUGGUUUCCUCAGAAAGAAUUACUCGUUCCCGACGAUCACUACGCCACACCCACCACCUAA